CCUGAGCCCUGACCGCGACGGGCGCUGCAUUGGCUGCAGGAUCGACAGCUCAGAGUACUCAGCGUCUUCGGACGGUGAGUCCGACGAUGAGGAAGACGUCAAGAAGAGAGGAGGCUUCAUCGAUGAAGCACCCCGCAGGAGCACGACAGCAAGAAGCACAACAUGCCCCAGCAGCAAGCGUCCCCCACGCCCGCGACGCUGGUGACGGUCGAUGGCGACGGCGAGCUCAAGAUGGAGACGCUGCUCAAGGCGUCGGCCUACAUCCUCGGCGCCACGAGUUCGAGCAUGUACAAGGCCGUGCUCGCCGACGGCACCGCGCUGGCGGUCCGGCGCAUCGGCGACAGCGGCGGCACCGAAAAGCUCAAGGACUUCGAGGUGCAGGUGCGCGCCAUCGCCCGGUUCCGCCACCCCAACAUCCUCCGGCUGCGCGGCUUCUACUGGGGCGUCGACGAGAAGCUCCUCAUCCACGACUACGCCCCCAAUGGCAGCUUUGCCAACAUCGCAUUCAGCAGGCGGUUGUGGGGUCGUCAUCGAGCCUGGAGACGCGGCUGCGGAUCGCGCGCGGCGUGGCGUACAUCCACGAGAAAACAUCCUCCUGGGUCCUGGCGUGCCGACAUGGAGCCCUGGAUCGGCGACGUGGGCCUGGACCGGCUGGUGUCGGGUGAGGCGGCGCCGCACUCCCGCGCGGGCGCGUCGGCGCGGCUGUUCGGGAGCAAGCGGUCGAUGCACUCGACGCGUAGCUUGCAGCCACCGGCAUGUGUCUCCGGGGUCCGUGUCCAUCCGGCAAGAAACCGUUGGAAGUAAACCGCGUCACUAAUCAAGGCCCAAUGGCCAAUACGAAGGCCCAACACCCGCCCGUCUCUGUACGGACAAAACAAACAAAUGGCCACUCACAAAUUAAAAACAAAAACGAAACGGUGCCCGUGAAUGGCGUGAUCCGUCGUCCGUACUACUAGUAGUAGAACGGUGCUAACGGCCACAGAAAAAAGCAUCCGGAGUGAUCUGGCAGCCCGUGCAGGUGCAGCAGCAGAACGCGGCGCAACGUGUCUGGAACUCUGUGGAUGCAGCUCAUCCGCACGCGGCUAACGUGGCCUGCUCGAACCUGAUCUUGACCAAACUGCCUGUCGUGCCCCGGCUUUUCUUUCUUUCUCUCUUUCUUUUUCCAAAAGCGAGCUCGAUUGCCUUCGCAAGUUUUUUAUUUGGCGACGAACGGCUAACCCCACCCACGGAUCCGCUCCGUCCGGCCGCUGACGUCACCCCGGCUCGUGCCCCGUGCGGGACAAAUAUCCUGCGCAGGGCAGGCAGGCACCAGCACGGGCCACGGCUGCACGCACGGGUGGGGAGUUAUUUGUGAUUAUAAUCAUUUCGUCGCGCGGCUUCGCCUCUUUGGUAUCCCGCAGCACGUCAUCGCCAUAUUGGUAUUACUGUCGUACACCACUCGCUGGAUUGGGUUCGUUUUCAUACGGCUGACUAAUUUACCCUUCCUUUUCACCCAGUCCGGUCGCAACGACGACGAGCCUCGUCGAUCUCCAGCCAUGGAUGAAGACGUCGCGAUAGCGCCUGAGCACGAGGAGCGCGCGCCCGGAGCUCCAGCGUCACCUCGGCCCGUGGCGACAUCUCCAGGGCGGCCGUGACCAGGCUGAGUGCCGCCGCCGCCGCAUCGUCGGUGUCCUGCGCGGCCGACGGGAGGUUGAUGGUAACCGGAGAAUGUCCGUGCCCUCUUGUUCAGAGCUCCACAGCACCACCGAAGCAACGAGAGGGGCAAAGCUUGGGGACGAUGCGGCGGCGAAUCGAGGAACCGUUGGGCAAGUUGAGCGAACCGUGGCUGUGGAAGGAAGCAUCAUCGUUGAUGCCGACGGGUUAGGCGGGCGCGUACCGACGACUGUGCCAUGCACUGCGCACGGAGAUGCCGUGCUCAGCUUUCUCUUUCAACUUCCAAACGGUGCCGCUGAGUGAAGUUGCUCCACUGCAGCGGAAGAGAGAUGAGCGCACUAGGAUCUACUGAACAGCGUUGGGGAAUUGCAGUAACACUUUGUGCAAGAUAAAAGAGUUUUAUUAAUGCUCUGCUAUAAUAAUAAUAUGCGUGCUACUAGACAACAGGCAAUUCAUCCUGUCA